UUGUGAUGAAAGCAUGUAUUGCCUGAUUCUGGUGUUAUUGGUGAUCGUCAUCAAUAAUAUUCCGAUCACCUUCGGGUCGUACUGCAACUGCGUGUGCCCCAACUUGGCCGGCCAUCAUCAGCUACCCCAACCCCAGCUUUUGAUAUCUCAGCCCAACCACCAGCAACAACAACAACAACAACAAGUUUUGAUACAAGACCAUGAGCACCUACAGGAGCUUCUAGUGCAACAUCAGCACUUGCACAACGUCCAAAUCCAGCCCACAAGGACUGUUAGUUACGUCCCAGCUUACACCCACUUAGAAAACAAACAACUCUUGGAGAAAGUGUUGGAGACGCAAAAAGAACACAAAACUCAAAUAGUCCACGAUGAGGUUUCGGAAGAAGCUAAGUCUUCGGUGUCAGGCAGCCACUCAAGCACUAAUACUGAAGAGUUUUUGAAGAGCCAAAACGACAUAAAAAAAGAACAGGAAGAAGAUGACGGUAAAGACCAUCAUCACAAGAAAAACGUCCAUUACAAAUUCGAAUAUGCCGUGGAUGAUAAGAAAACUGGGGACGUAAAAAAUCAAAAGGAAGAACGACAUGGAGACGUGGUUAGAGGGGAGUACUCGUUGCUAGAAGCAGAUGGUAACGUGAGGACUGUGAAGUAUUAUGCUGAUUGGAAGCAUGGAUUCUUUGCACAAAUUCACAACUCCAAGAGGGGGCAUUAAAUUGUUUAUUUAAUUUUUAUUGAAGCAUUUAUAUUAUGUUAUUAUUUAUCUGUUAUAGUUGUAUUAACAUAUAUUCCUAAUGACCGUAACAAAAAACCUGUUAAUAAAUAUUAAAUAUGUAUAUUUUUGUUGUCUGUAUACAAAUAAAGAUAAAAGGUAG